AUGACCAAUCAGCAAGUGGACGCCAUUGAAGUCCAAGCCCGCAUUGCGGAUGAGCUCAGGGCGCACAUUGUGCGAUGGGUUUUGUGCUUCAUGUGCACGCUGUGUGUUGUCGGCGUGACCUCGUUCGGUCUGAUGAUAUGGCUUAUCAUCAGCUGGAGCAACGCCAGGAACGACGCGCUGUCGUGUGAUGCCCCGCUUAUCGAGUGGGUAACAGUGGUGUAUUUUAUCAAGAUCUACAUGUUCUUAUUUCACAAGUAUGUCAUCCGAUGUGUUUGCAGAUAUGACCCACGAGAAAAUCCAACACCACCUCCUUGGUACGUGAAGCUGUACAACCUGCUGUUCCCGACCUUCGAUUUCGUUUGGAACAUCACCGGGAUCGUGCUGGCAGCUACGUCAAAGACAUGCUCCACGAUUAUGCCAGAUGUUUACCACUCCAUCUUGGCUUUCGCAAGCUGCGGAUUGUUUAUUGCGGUCUGGUUUCUCAUCAAUGCCGUUGGCCUGCAGGUGAUCCUCGCAUACUUGAUGAGGCACGGAAUGCUGCCACCAUCAGAGAAUGCGGCGCCCAAAGGCACCAUCGACAAGCAAGAGGUCUUCAAGUUCGACUCCAACCACGACUGGGGUGACAACAACUGCUGCUCCAUUUGUCUGGAGGAGUGGAACGGCAGAAAGGAGAUGCGCAAGACAGCUUGUGGGCAUUUCUAUCACACGGACUGCCUCAAGGGAUGGCUGAACGUGAACCGGAACUGCCCGCUCUGCCGGACCGAUCUGGUGACUGGGCAUGCUGCGACUGGCCAGGCCAUCGGCGCAGUUGAGGCAAAUCUAGGCGUUGUUGGAAGUGCCUACACAGGAGGUCCAAUCUUUAGCAGUAUCGUUUUGCGGAUGUUGUCGGCGUGCGUCGCAGUAUUUUGCCCGUUGUCUUUGCCUGGUUCUCACAAGCUGCGACACUUGAAUACCGCCCUCUUCAAGAGCUCGCGCGCCGGUGCGACAAUGCAGGGCAGGCCCUCCGAUUCUUCCUGCGCCGCUGCCCUUCUCUCCGAUCUGCGGAAGUUGAGCUUGUCCCUGGUACCGAACAUCGUGAACCUGGGACAGGUGUUGAAAUCCUGCAAGCAACUCAGGGUCUUGGUGCUAACGAGCACCUCGGAGUACCAAGUGUCACUGCAAUACCUGACGGAGGAGCUUCCCCGUUCCUGCGGCCUACGGGAGCUCUCUUUCCGACGCUGCUCUGCCACAUGGAAAGACUUGGAGGUGCUGUGCAAGGCAUGCCCGCGGCUUCAAGAGUUGCGUUUGCCCGAGGGCUACAUCGAUGCCGGGGGACCGCUAAGCCCUCCGCCGCUAGUGCCUUUGGGCCGUUUGAAGCAGUUGCGGGCUGUGGACCUUCGCGGCCAUAGCCGGGCUCAGAAAGCCAAGUGUUGGCUGACCGAUGAUAUGUUUGGGAUCCUUGCACAGGUGCGACAUCUUCGCGAAGUCCGCGCAGACCACCAGCGUCUUCUCUCUGAUCGUUGCUGCUGGUUCUUACGACGGCAUUGCUUUCGACUGCGCGUCCUGCACCUUUCCGGAUGCCGUGCGAUGUGUGGAGAGAGUGUCUUCGGCCUGCUCCACAUGUGCGAUGGGCUCGAGUCGGUCCGGCUUCCAUCCUUGGUCAUCGGUGCGUCGGAGCGCAAGCUUGGGGUCCCGGGCACGAAUCGCUGGUGUUCCGGCCUCCGCUGCGCGCGCCUCCGUGAUCUUCGAGUUGACAGCUGGCCCUUUCUGGAGGACUCCGGGGUGCAGAUGCUGACAGUCCAGUGUCCUCGACUGCGCACGCUGUGGUUGCGACAGGCUCCGCGUCUAUCGGACGACGCAGUGACUUACAUCUCCUCGCUUCUGCAUCUCUCGAGCCUCUCACUUGCCUUGGCUGCAGGCCUCACGGACCGAGCGCUGAAGGAGCUUUGUGGCGGAUCUGGACUGCGCCAUCUGGAUCUUUGUGGUUGCCGCCAGCUGACCGAAGCAGGCGUCGUUGACUUUGCUGCGCACGUGACUGGGCUGCAAGAUGGCAGCAGUGCGUGCGACGAUAAGUUUCAGCAGGUCCUGCGCCGUGCCAGCUCGGAUCCGGACGAUGCGGUCAUCUUCAAAGCCAAGGAGGCCGUAGGUGAGAUUUUGGAGCAGCUUGAAGAGAGCAUGGAGGGCGAGCCUGGCCAGCUCAGAGCUCAAGCGCUUCGCUUGAGGUGGGAGGCUCUCUGCUCCGGGAAACAGGAGGAUCCUUAUGGGCAGCUCCAGGAUGCUCGCGAGGGAGUGCUCGAAGCCAACCAGGCAUUCUAUGCGUGCUUCAACAACAGAGAUCUGGAUGCCAUGAGCGAUCUCUGGGCCAGCAGCGUUUCGAAGUGGGGGCCUUUGCUGUUCUUCAACGAUAAGGAAGACGCUUCGGGCAUCACUUGCGUGUGCACGCACCCAGACAGCUCGAGGAUGGUCGGCCGCAGUGACAUUCUGACGAGUUGGUAUCGAAUCUUUAGCUCGACGACGCUGCCGACAGUGACCACAUCCUCGGAGGAGGUUCUGCUUACCUCCUCAGACAUGGCGGUGGUAGUUUGCAAGGAGGAGACCAGCAACGGUGGCCUGCAUGAGGCGACCAACACCUUCGCCCGCAGUCGAAGUGGACGAUGGUACAUGGACCUGGAGACCCGGAGUGAAGCCUGCAGGGCGCUGGGGGUUGAGCUUCCGACUGAAGCAGAGGCCGAGGACGAUGUCGACGAAGCCAACUUUGGCCGUCGAAUGGAUCCCUUGCAGGAGGAGGUGGCCCAAUGCGCCGUGUGCAUGGAUGACAUUCGUGCAGACGAACCUGCCUGGCAAUGCCCGGUGUGCAACAACAAGUUGCACGACACAGAGGACGGGCCGUUUCGCAAGUCGGUCCCGGAAUACGCACUGCGUGCCAACGACACCGAAUGGUACCUGCCCUCCGCAGUCGACGCCGGCAUCCCCGUGCACUUUCAGAAGAGGCAAGCAGCCUAUUCGGACCCAGCGGAAUUGGAACUGAAGGAGGGGAAAUCGCCGGAAGAUCCGACGCUCUUCCAAAACGCCAUGAGCCGUGAGUCAUCCCCGGCACACCAGGAGGACGAUCGAGACUCUUCCGACGUGUUGCCUGUCCAGUACGGCCAAGACAGUCAGAGUCCAGAAAGACCACUCGGGCGCGCGGUCCGGGUGCCAUCGACAGAAGGUAUUGUUGCCUGGUUUUCCAGCCGGAUCUUCUUCAAGGAGGAGCUUUUGCUCGUCGAGCCGGGUCGGCUUUUCUAUUGGGGCGUUCUUGAUGGAGUGGACAGACUGCAGAAGAUGCUGUUACCCGUGUUCAGCCAUAUCCACCGUGACGAUCACUGCGAACGGUUCUGUCUACUCCACCAAACGAGAGCCAUUGCAAGAAGAUGUGGCUUUGAUGGCUUCGACGACUGCAGUGGCUACGUAAGGAUGUACGUCUCGCACUUCCCCUGCAUAUCCUGCAUCGCUGUCAUCUGCCAGUUCGUGCGGCUUUUCCCAGCAGUUCGUUUCGAGCUCGACUACGACAACUUGUGGAAGACACGUUUCCAGUCUGGGCGCCGGCAUGCGAAGCCUGAUGCCUCGAAGAUCUUCGAUGUUUUGGAGGGCAGUGUGGACGAUGGCCAAAGGCCUUCUUCUGUCUCUUAG